AAAGGGGGCUUUCUCUAACAGCACCAAAGCUUAAAUCAUGGUGGCGAAAACAGGAUCCAUCUAUUGGCUUGACCGCAAUCAAUAAACACUCCCUCUAUGAGAAGAAACGUGACAAAACUUCUAAAAACCCAAAGGUCUUUUAAGGCUAUUCGCGCAAUAAUGAUCAAGAUACUCUGCUACCAUUGCGGAGGUGUGUGUGUAUAUGCUGAUGCAGUUAUCAUGAUAGUAAGUAGUGCCUGCUGUAUUGUGAGAAGAUCCAAACAAGUAUGCUCUUCUCCUUUUCUUCUAAACCUUAUGUACUUUGGCGCGUGCCAAGUUUUUUCUUUCCAUCCGGAAAACCGUACGAAGAAAACGUAUUAUGCAAAUGGCUCGUUGACCGCAUAUUUCUACGAAUAAAUUACAUUUAUCUGAUAGCGUAAACAGCUAUAGAUAGAACAUGUAGUAGCUGAUUCUGGAUUAUUAAAAAAAAUGAUACCUGUUUUUAUUACCAUAUACAGUAAAUGGGUUCUAUCAUCAAG